AGAAACGUUUCGUAGUUGUUGACAUUGGCUGCUAUGAAUCUUGCGUGACUUGAACAGAGCAACAUUGAGGUGUCAUAAAUUUCAAAUUUUGAUCCAAAUCGAACCUCAUUCAACUGUCGUGUCAUCAUCUCCAUCAGGAAGAUUAACAAAACGAACCCAUCGUCUCUUUAAUCACUGCAUUGUCAUUUUGCAGAUCCCAAGAAGUUUAAGAAUCAACUUCCACUCGUUCUUAAAUUUACUUGAUGAAACCAAACUGGGAGCUCAACAACUGCUGCAACCACGAGCAGGUGGUGUUUCUGGUCACUGUUGCUGUCUGCACUGUCGUUAUACUUGCACUAUGGAGAACAGUGUUACUCAGACCCUUUAAGCUUGUUACCGUAUUUCUUCACGAGGCAAGCCACGCAAUUGCUUGCAAACUUGCGUGCGGUCAUGUAGAAGGAAUCCAGGUUCAUGCAGAUGAGGGUGGAACAACCCAAACACGUGGAGGCAUAUACUGGUUUAUCUUGCCAGCUGGAUAUCUUGGUUCAUCUUUCUGGGGCAUGGUAUUGAUACUCGCAUCAACAAAUCUUCUUACUGCUAGAAUAGCUGCCGGUUGUUUUAUUGCUGCUCUACUUAUUGUCCUCUUCGUUGCCAAAAAUUGGACUCUUCGAGGACUUUGUAUUGGAUUCAUCAUUUUCCUUGGCGUGAUAUGGAUCCUGCAAGAGACAACCAAAGUUCGAAUACUACGGUACAUUAUCUUGUUCUUUGGUGUAAUGAAUAGCUUGUUUUCAGUGUAUGAUAUUUAUGAUGAUCUGAUCUCCCGAAGAGUACAUUCGAGUGAUGCAGAAAAAUUUGCAGAAGUGUGCCCUUGUCCUUGUACUGGUGUUGGAUGGGGUGUUAUUUGGGGUUUGAUAUCUUUUGUUUUUCUUUGCGGAGCUGUGUAUCUGGGUGCUGUGAUCUUGUCAUAAAUCAUAAAAGAAAGAAGAUUCUGCUUCAAGUUCUAUGAUAACUGAAAAACAAUGUCAUUCAAUUCACCUGGCUUUACUACUUUUGCUGAUCAAUUCUGAAUAUUGUCGUAUCAUUCAUUCCUGAUCACAUUCAGGAGGGAAAAAAUAAGAUAAAAGUAGUUUCGAGGCUCUCCCCUAGUUGAGUAUAAAGGUAACAUAUUGAAAAGCGUAACAUAUAAAGUAAUAUAUUAAAAGUUUCACGGUU